AUGAAGCCGAUCAAACGACAACGUUUAGUCAAAGRACUGACCAUUGCUGCUGACGAUUUUAUCGCUCGGAUCUUCAAUAUUUACGAACAGACAAAAAUUGAAGGAAUAGCUCAGCCAAUAUCUCUUGGUUUGGUUCGGUCAGACUACAUGCUGGAUGUUGACCAACAAGCUGAUAUAAACCAGAAUAAGAAUGAUGAACAGAUGAGUAUCAAACAAGUUGAAAUCAAUACUAUUGCAGCUGGAGCUUGUCACUUUGGAUCUGAAUUACCAGGACUUGGCAGUUAUGUUCUUGGAUUAAUGGAUAAAGAUAUUCCAGAGGGCUCACCGAAGCUGCCAAGCAAUUCCGCAUUAAUUGGAAUAGCGGAAGGGAUUGCACAAGCUUGGGAAAUGUAUGGAAAUAAAAGGGCCGUUAUACUAAUGGUAACAAAUGAUGUUGACUCGGCCAUGUUUGACCAGAGACCUGUAGAAUACUAUCUUCACCGAAGAUGA